GCACAGUACACACUUGGCUUUUUAUUUCAAUUUUACAGUUUAUCGCGAACGAGUGGUGUUGUAAAGUAAACAUAUAAUAAAAUUUAAUAAUUUUAUUUACAAAACAAUAUAUAUAAAAUAAAAUUAAUAAAAAACUAACUAUAAACACUGUUUCAAAAUGAAGAUUGAAUACAGCAAGGAUAUAGCACAACCUCCGGCCCAUUUGGAUUUAAAAUUUUUCGAAGAUGUCAUCGAAAACGCUCUACGUCAAUCUACAUUCAAAAUCCACAAAAUCCAUUUUUCGAUGGGCAGUAAAACAGGCGAAAAUUAUUGUAGUGAAAUCUAUCGUGUGCAGAUCACUUAUAGUGGAAACAACUAUGAGAAGUUAAAAAAUUUAUCUCUGAUUAUCAAAAGUAUGUUACAAACUGAAGCCACUGAUUUCCUGAUUGACUUGGAUGUUUACAUCAAAGAAAAAGUUAUGUACCGUGACAUCUUACCACGCCUAGAAAUGUUAUUACCAGAUGGUGCUAAAUUCGGUGCAAGAUUAUAUUUUAGCCUUAAGGAACCAAUUAAAACUCUAGUUUUCGAAGAUCUAUGUGACAAAGGUUUCGAAGUCGCAUCAAGAGAAUCGGGCUUAGAUGUAGCACAUGCUCGCCUCGUAUUACAAAAACUUGCACAAUUUCAUGCAACAUCUAUGGUGUUGGCUAAAAAGGUAGUGCAAUUCGCAUUUUUUACUGCAAUGGGACAGUUUGUUUUGAUGUGCUUGGAUGCAGGCGACGCAUUCUAA